AUGAAGCUCCCAGUUGCCUUUGAAAAAGUCUUCAUUCUUACAUAUCUCAAUGCGAUAACAAUUACAAGUGACUUUUACCUACCUGUAGCUUCUAUCUAUGCCCUCCUCAUCACAGAAGAGAUACACAUUGCAUCUGCCCCAAGAUUCUGGGGUUCCUUUGUGCCCCGCAUGUCGCAAGUUUCCGAUUUGAUCAAGGACUCGAAGCUACACACCAAGUUCGAGUCAGAGCUUAUAACACACACCUUUCUUGAAUCCACAACCAUCGCUGGUCGCCGUGGGAGGCGCCGUGAGCGCAACGAAGUAUGGAAACGAAAGCGGCACCUUGGAAUUGGCAUAUUUGGUACGGUCUGGCUGGAGGAAUGCGUGAGUGAGGGCAAAUUGCGGGCUGUCAAAGAAGUUCGCAAGUCGGUCCCGUCCUUGGAGUCGAUAGAUUUCAAUCGCGAAUUGGAGGCUAUUGCUCGUUCCUCGCAGCAGAAGUAUGACGGCUGCGUCCAGAUUGCCUUCCAGCUUCUCGAAGGUCUUGACUUUAUGCAUAGCAAUGGGUUCGUUCACCGUGAUCUGAAGCCACAGAACAUUUUUGUUCUAUCUAUAGGCCCGGACUGGUGGGUCAAGAUCGGCGACUUUGGCAUCAGCAAACGCGUAAUAGAAGGGUUCAUGGGUUUACAAACGGAAUCACCAGAGGAAAGUCGGGUUUUGGGGUCAGAACUCAACCCCAAGGUUGACAUAUGGGCUCUGGGCAAUGCAAAUCUUCCCUUCGACUCAUCCCAAUCUCCAGUCAGCUCAGAGGCGACAUCCUUUUUGGUGGACCUGAUAGCAGCACAGCCAUCAGAUCGGCCUACUGCCAAAGAUGCCCUAGAUUAUGCCUGGCUGGUACCUGCGUUACGAGAUUCGGAGUUUGAUAGACCCGACCAGUCCACUCCAACUACUCAAGAUACAUCUGAAGUUGCUUCACAGUCGCACGUUCGCCCCGAGUCCCGAGAUUCUAUGAUCCCCGCUUCAGACACCGAGUCAAUUGCGCGGUCUAAUAAUAGCGGCUCUCAAAGCAGCGAGUCCAAACUUGACACUCAGCCUCAACAUCUCCUUUCAAGCAAAUCACCAAGCGAUAUCCUUCCGCCAUACGCCCGCCGAAACUCCGACGCAGCGCCAAUUCCAAUAUCAGAACUUUCCUAUCCAACGCCAGACCCUGAGAGUCCGGCCUCGAGAAGCUCUAGUACAAGCAACAAGCAUAGUCCAGUCCGGUUCUCCAAGAUCAGACAAGCGUCUGGUGAGAUCAUGCCUAAACGAAGUCGUCGCUCUCGGGAAGUGCUUCCUACUUCGCCAGUCUCACCUGAUACGAGUUCGGACACCACGCGGCAAUCUAAAUCUCAAUCUAUUGAGAUUCUCACUGUCCUCAGCAAAGAGUCGUAG